AUGGCUACUGCAGACGCAGUGUCCGUCUUCGCAGAGGGGACCUUUCAGGAGCAGAUUCGCGAGCUCGUAGACUACAUUGCACGCACUCGAUCCGAGGAAGAACGCCCGCUUUUCGUGCAGCCUUUCGCCGACCUCCUUGAGACCACUGAGGGCCAGAAGCCAAUUGAGGAAGAUGAACCCCGGAGAGCAAAGGUGUUCACCACCGUGUUGGGAGAGGUGAAGGGCUUGGGAGAUGGCGCAGACAAGGAGAUUGAAGGAUUCUUCAACCUCCUUGUCUCACAUUUCGUCAGCUUGCUGCCCCUCGAUGCCCCCGAGACCAAGGACCACCUUGCCGUUCUGCUCCAGACGAUCGCCACCGCCGACCACCAAGCAUUCGUGAAAUAUCGGAUAUUGUCCAAUCUAUACAACGCGCUUCCUCGCCGAUCGAGUCUGCGGCUACCGGUGUACAAGACUCUCCUCCAACUCGCCAGCGACAACGAAGAGAUCGAGCUCCUCAGCCUCGACCGCUCAGACGUGGAGAAGUGGGUUGCUGAAUGGGACGUCCCCUCAGAGGACAAGAGCAGCUUCCUGCAGCUCGUAGCUACGUCCUUCGCCAAGUGCGGGCAACUGGCAACAUCAUACGACUACACCCUCUCAUACAUCCGUUCACUCCCUUCCGACUCCCCCGUCGCCCAGGCCGCCGCAGUCGACGCUAUUGCAGCUGCGCUCCGCCUCCCCUCCCUCUUCGACUUCGACACGCUCUUCCGGUUAGAUGCCGUUGUCGCCGCACAGGAUCAUGAGCUCUUCUCCCUGCUCAGAAUAUUCAUCAACGAGGGUCUCCCCGAGUUCCAGGCAUGGGCGGGUAGUCACGCAGACGCCUUCGCGAAAUAUGAUUUCGACCAGGCACAGCUCGAGCGCAAAAUCCGUCUGCUUGGGCUGACCAGCCUCGCCUACCAAAACAUUGGAAAGGAGCUGUCAUAUUCCACCAUCGCCACUACCAUCCAGAUCGAACCCUCGCAGGUGGAACGAUGGGUUAUUGAUGUCAUCCGUGCUGGCCUGGUCUCAGGCCGUCUCUCGCAAAAGGCACAAACCUGGCACGUCACACGCGCAACUGCACGCUCGUUUGAACGUUCACAGUGGGAGCUCCUCGAACAGCGCUUGCAUACGUGGAAAACAGGCAUCGCGAGCGUGCUCGACGUCGUCGCAACCGCAAGGCGACGAGGCGGCGUUGAGGCCGUGGCGACUGCGACCACCGCUGAGGCACCUGCGGCAGUUCCACAGGCAGCUGCAGCUGCAGCUUGA